CGGAUUAACUCACUUUCCCCUCUGUUCUUCACUGCGGAGCUCCUGCACAAACCACCCCCCAUCUCACAUCGUCUUGUUCAAAACUAGACGUCCCCUUUCGCAUUCUUACUGCCUUCCUUCUCGGAAGUCACUUUAUCUAUUUAUUAACCCUCCCGCGUGAGACGCGCACAAGUGCUUCCCUUGGCGCGUUUCUGGAUUUCCAUCAACCGCAAUCAUGGCGCCCGCAAAGCAGAAAGCCCAGAAGAUGUCUAUCAGCACCUUCUUAGCUGAUGAGAACUAUGGCUCUUGGGCCGAUGAGAUGGAAGACAUGCCUUUGCCUGCUGCCUCUCAGCCUAGGUUUGACAGCGACCGCCGUUUUGGUGGCCCAUCUUCUGCUGGGUUUGGCAAUGGCUUUGGUGGUGAACGUGAACGUGGCGGUUAUGCCGUCAGGGAGCCCCUCCCCCUCCCCACUCAGCCCCCUUAUACUGCUCACGUCGGAAACCUGUCCUUUGAUGCGACUUCGGAUGAUAUCUCUGAGCUUUUCGCCGAAUGUGCUGUGACAAACGUUCGUGUUGUGGAAGAUAAGUUGACGAAAGCCCCCAAGGGUUUCGGAUACAUCGAAUUCGAGACCGUGGACGGCUUGAAAAAGGCUCUUGACCUCUCUGGCGCUACCCUUCAGGGAAGAGCCAUCCGGGUUAGCAUCGCAGAGCCUCCCAAGGAACGCGACGUCAAGGAAUUCGACUGGACUCGCAAGGGCCCUCUUCCCGCCCCCGAGGCUCCGCGCCGUGUGCCAGACCGCUCCUCUUUCGGACGCAACCUUGACAACUUCUCUGAUGCUGGUAGUGAACGUGGUGGACGUCGCAACUUCGAAUCCGACGGCAAGUUCCGCGAUUUCGGUAACUGGGAACGAAAGGGUCCUCUUUCUCCAACCGGGCCAGUGAGGGAAGGUGGUCGUCCCCAGACCAACGAGGGACCGGGCUUCAGAAAGAGCUCACCUGCCUGGGGUGAAGGACGGUCUCAGGAUGGCUCGAGACCCCCACGACGGGAAUUCCAGGAACGGGCACCCACUGCAGCUGAACUGGACAACUCUUGGAGAUCCCGGAUGCGACCUGAUCAGGCCAAGGAGCCUAGCAAUCCUCCCUCCCCUGCUGCCGCUCCUGCAUCGCCUGUCGCCCCUACAAGGCCGAGACUAAACCUUCAAAAACGGACUGUGACAGAGGCUGUGUCUAGCCCAGCUGCCAGUGGCGAAUCGAAGGCCAGCCCCUUCGGUGGCGCCCGUCCGAUUGAUACCGCUGCGAGAGAGAAGGAAGUUGAGGAACGGCGCCAGCUGGCAUUGCGGCAGAAGAAGGAGGCAGACGAGAAGGCCAAGUCUGAAAAGAGCGAGAAGCAACGACCUGCCAAGGAUCAGCCCAAGGCCGAGAAGAGCGGUGCACCAGCCGAUCCCAACGGCAAGGACGUUGUUGAGACCCCCCAGGGCGGGAAGAGCUUCGAGAUCCUCCGGCGGGCCGGCGAGGAUGAGAGUGGCAUGGCUGCGGACCAAGAUCAAGGAGAGGAGGCCAAACCUACUGCGAAGGCCGAAGCCUCGAACGAGGCCGCUAGCAAGGAAAAUGGUAGCUGGAGGCGCGGUCCUGCUAAGCCAGCCGAAGCUGCAGCAGACGAUGAAGGCUGGAGCACCGUGGGCUCAAGGCAACGCAACAAUCGCCGUGGAGCCGGCCGUACGUUCGCAUAGAUCUAACGAUACCCCGAAUGCAGUCAUUGUCCGACCGAAACUUCGCAUUCCUUGCAGAACGAAAUCUAGCUCAUGAGGCUCUUCUUUUGGUGCCCCCUGCUUUGCCAUCGCUUCCGGCUAUCUUCGGGUAGCACGUUUCUUGAGUUUUCCUCUGCGAACAACAUUCCUUUUCCCUUAAUGAGAUUUUUUGGCUAUGUUGAUGGCUGUU